AUGGCUGAAGCACAUAGUGUGGCCGCACUCUCGUUUACCAUUACGCACGACGGCGUGUCGGUUUCCUAUGAUCAGGAACUUAUGCGUGAUAUUUGGCAUGCAUUUUCACGAGCAUACAAACGUCGCAUUGCACGUUUCAAGAACGAUUUCUUGGCUGGAAUCUUUCCGGUAAAUGCGACGACGUUUUGUUUGGUCGUUUUCGCAUUGACAUUUUUCUCUGUUUUUCACCGCGAUUUAUCUUUUGGAAUCGUUCCAUUUGUUCGCCAUUAUAUUUUUGGAUUCCUAUUCGGCGAUGGAUACUUUUCGCAAAUAUUAGCGCUUAUCACUUGCGGUUCACUGAUUUGGUUCACUGCGAUCCAAACACUUCGUCUGUGCCUGAAAUCACUCCUUUCUUAUAAAGGAUGGAUGUACGAAGAAAUGGGCUCAAUUUCAAGGAGUACGAUUCUUUGGAUGAAAAUUCUAUGUCUUAUCGCAAAAAGUAAGCCGAUGUUGCAUUCAUUUCAAGGAGCGCUGCCGAGAUUACCUCUGCCAAGUCUCGACGAUACCUUGAAGAAGCACUUAGAAUCAAUGCGCCCUUUAAGUACAGACGAGGAAUACGGUGAACUUGUGGAACUUAGCGAAAAAUUUCGACGCGGGCUCGGCAGUCGACUACAACGUUAUCUCUAUAUCAAAUCACAUUUAUCGAUAAAUUAUGUUACCGACUGGUGGGAGGAAUUCGUUUAUUUGCGACAACGUUCACCACUAAUGAUCAAUAGCAAUUACUACGGCUUCGACACAAUCAAUCAUAUAGUAACAACUAACCAGGCAGCACGAGCAGCAAAUUUAACCAAUGCCGCUUUAUUAUUUCGUCGAAAAGUCGAACGCCAGGAAGUUUCUCCGUUCUCCGUUGCACCACGUUUUAAUGUACCAUUUUGUGUGAUGCAGUAUGAGCGUUUGUUCAACAGUUGUCGCGUCCCUGGCGAAGAAAUAGAUCAAUUCCUUCAUCGUAACGAUUCAAAACACAUUGUUGUCUAUUGCCGCGGUUGUUGGUUUCGACUUGCAAUCCAUAACGGAAAAAGGUUAUAUGAAGCCGCAGAAUUGCAGCAAGGCUUUCAAGCAAUUCUGGAUGACGAUUUUGUGCCUGAGCAUGGUGAGGAAAAUAUUGCUGCAUUAACUGCUGGCGACCGUAAAGCGUGGGCUGAAGUACGUAAAAAAUAUUUCUCGUUCGGCGUCAAUAAGAAAUCGUUGCAUCUUAUCGAAAGUGCUGCCUUUGUUGUUAUUCUUGAUGACAAUGAAGUUUUCUACGAUCCGAAAGAUUCUUCCAAACUGGAUAGCUGGGCUCGGCAUUUAUUGCACGGUUCAGGAACUAAUCGAUGGUUCGAUAAAUCGCUUAAUAUUAUAGUCUUUAAAAAUGCACGGAUGGGCAUGAACGUUGAACAUUCUUGGGGAGAUGCUCCGAUCGCCGCUCAUUUCUUGGAAUACAGCCUUUUAGUGGAUUUGUUUCAUCAAGGAUACGAUAAAGAUGGAAACGCUUUGGGUGGUGUGGUUCAAAUACCUAAGCCUGAGCGACUUCGUUGGAAUUUGCAGAAUGAAAUUCACACCGUGAUAAAUUCGAGCUUAAGUUUGGCUCGAACGCUAAUUAAUGACGUUGAAAUGGCGUUGCUUAUUUGGACUAAAUUCGGUAAAGGCUUAAUAAAGAAUUUCAAGGUUUCACCUGAUGCAUUCAUACAAAUGACUCUGCAGCUAACUUAUUUCCGCAAUCAAGGCCAUUUCGCGCUGACUUAUGAAGCAUCAACAACUCGAUUAUAUCGUGAGGGUCGUACUGAAACUAUAAGGUCGUGUACGAAGGAAAGUUGCGAAUUCGUUCGAUCGAUGAUGGACCCUGAACGAACAAGGAAGGAACGAGCUCAACUGCUUCGAAUCGCUUGCAAUCAUCAUCAGAAUGCCGUCCGUGAUGCAAUGUGUGGAAAGGGCAUCGAUCGUCAUCUCUUCGCGCUUUACAUAGUGAAACGCUAUUUGGAAGAAGAAUCGCCAUUCUUAGAUAAAAUAUUUCCUCCAACUUAUCUUCUCUCAACUAGUCAAACCCCAAUAAAUCAGUGUAAAGAAGAAGCGGCGAUAUUAACCGAAGCUCAGAAAAUGAAAAUUUUCACCGCAGGUGGCGGUUUUGGUCCUGUUGCUGAUAACGGCUAUGGUGUUUCUUACAUAAUCGUUGGUGAAGACCACAUUGCUUUUCAUAUAUCAUCGAAAAAAUCAGCCGACAACACCGUUCGUAUCGUAUUUUUCAAAAUUUUUAUUUAA